CUGUACUCUGAAAUAGGUAUUCUGCGAUAGUCUGGUCUGUAUACUCUCAUUAAACUUCUUCUGCCUCUCUUCACCAGACACUCUUCCACGCUGGAGUCUGCUCCGCGAAGCCGCUAAGAAGGUAGAAGGAGAGACGGGCUUGUCCAUUGAACGACACGCCUGAAUUCCGGCCCUUCUUCCUCGGAAUCGUCAUUCUUGUGAGAAGCUCAGAUUCUGCCUUCUCACUCCGCUCUCUUCUUUUCCUCUUCCUCUCCCUCUUCUCCUCUGCCUCUGCCAGACACAGACGCACGGGGAAACAGAGCCGUCAAUCCGUGAACAACAGGAAUCCGCGUGGAACACAGCCCGACCCGCCAUACCUCACCGACGAUCAGACGACCCUCCUCCGCGCUGCACUGGACUCUCAGUCGAGGCCACAGCACCCCUCCAUGCCCACGACUGGCACCACCCCCACCACCAACAGCACAUUCAUCAAAACAGACGACUCGAAUCCUGCAGGUCAGAUGAACGCUGUGUCCGCCGCAAACAGUGCUGCACUCUUUAUGAGCCCUCACACCACCAACAUGGACACGUUUGCCACCGACUACACUCCGGGUUUCGACUAUCUCGACAACGACGAGAGCUUCGACUUUGAGGAUGCCGAUCUGGGUGGAGACAUGAUUGGCGCGUUGCCGGGAAGUAACGGUGAGGUGCACGAGAAGCGCAAGAGCCCGGACGAAGGCGCCGGAACGCCGGAACACGAUUCCAAACGACAGGAGACGAAUAACAACGGCGAGAAGACGGCAAAGAAGCCGGGCAGAAAGCCUCUCGUCAACGAACCGACAACCAAGCGAAAAGCCCAGAAUCGAGCGGCCCAGCGCGCGUUCCGAGAACGCAAAGAGAAACACCUCAAAGACCUGGAGGAGAAAGUCACGACUCUCGAAAAGACGACCGAAGCAGACAAGCAGGAAAAUGGCAUGCUUAAAGCCCAAGUCGAGCGCUUGCAGAAGGAGCUGCGAGAAUAUCGCAAGCGUCUGUCCAUGACCGGUGCCAGCGUGCGCGCCUCACCACCACUGCAUCCCACCGGCAACACACAGCGCAGCGGUAGCGGGACAUCGUAUGGCGCCAACUUUCACUUCGACUUUCCCAAAUUUGGUGCCCUUCCGAACAGCCAGACCUUUGGAGACCUCGGCGGAGCCCCCAUGAAAAGUCCCGUCAGUCAGCGGGACACUCCCCUGGUGCAGUCCCCCCUCAACAUCAAUGGAUUCAGUAAUCAGCCACAGUCACAGAGCCAGAACAGCCGGCACAACAGCACAGGUCGCAGUACGAGCCCGCAGAGUGUGCAGCACACGGGUUCCAGCUCAGCGAGCACGGGAAACUCGACCCACGUUGCAGGACUCAAUGCCACUUUUGCUCCCUAUAGCACGAAUGAUAACAUGCAUGGCUUUGCGAGCACUCUCCCUCAAAUGAAUAGCGGCAAUGGUGCCUUUGAUGACCUGUUCAGCCCGAAUCUGCUCAAGAGUGCCAACAUGAACAGUUACUUUAACAACAACAACAACAACCACCAAGACACCAAGAAUAGUGCACCGGCUUCUCGCUCCACCGGCGACAGCAACGCAGAUGCGGGAGGUGACAGCACUGCUGGCAUCAGUCGCGCCUUUCAGUUCAACAGCGGGAGCAAUGCAAGCGACAGCACAUCCCCCAGUGCAAGCUCCAAUAGUCAAUGGAACAUGAAUGGAAAUGGCAACAGCUCGUGUGGCACAUCUCCCGAGCCCUCUCACGAAAGCCCGGCGCUCAAGGAUGGCUCCUUUUGCGACAAGGUCAACAAGGCAGCAGCCACUUCACAGUCGGACAUGAACUCGAUAUUCGGCUUCGGCAACACCAACUUUACCGAUGCAUCGUCUUUGGGCACCUUUGAUCCCGUUCUGUUUGGUGAGUAUCGGGAUACCAAUGAGGCCAUUGUGGGCGGUGGAGAUUUCACCGGCGGUUUCUUCGACGAUGCUGUCAACUCGAUGCCUUUUGACUACCAAUCUCCGACGAAUCUCUUUGGCAUCCUGCAGUCACCGCUACAGACACCCGGGACACUGCCUGCAUCGGCUGACAAGUCCGCGGAUCGCUCCACGCCCAGUCGCAAUCUCAUGGCAGAAGUCGAAAAGACGUGUGAUGGUGGCGAUGAUGACUACGGUCUUCCCGGUGUUGCCAAGAAGUCCAAGACGGAUAGUGGAAAGUUUAUCAGCUGCAACAACAUCUGGACGCAACUACAAUCGAACCCGGAUUUCCGAGACGGUAAAUUCGACCUCGAUGGUCUCUGCUCCGAACUUCGAGCCAAGGCCAAGUGUAGCGAGAAAGGCGUCCUGGUCGACCAAGACCAUGUCCAGGCGGCACUCAAGAAGCUAGGACAGAAAGAUGACAAGGGUAAAGCGUACGAUCCGCCAGCCUUGAUGUUUGAGCAGGACAGCUGGGACAGUGCGCUGAAGAAGUUGCAAAACGGCAGCAACAAUGUGUAGCUUGUGUGUAGCAGCUCUCUGAGGUAGUGGAUCAAUCACCGUGCAGUGACGAGAGGGAGAAAACCUCCGUUGACGUCGAAUGCACCCAUGUUCCCAGCAAGUUGGCGGCUGCGCCCUCUGCUCGCGGGGAGUAUGAAGGUGGGAGUGACGGCAUGACCAUGGACGGGAUCACGACCAGUUUCUCUUUUUUUUUGUAACGACCUGGUUUUUUUUUCUUGCUACACUAUGUGGAUGGGGAUGGCGAUGGGAAUGGGAAUGGGGGAGAAGUGAAACAACUGCUCACUUGGUUGAUGAAAUCGGUUGGUUGGUGUGCUUGUCUACUUGGGGCUGGAAAAGAACCCAAUCAGCAGGGGAAACC